AUGACUGUGGAGGAUUGCUCGACCGAGACGCAGCCCGGCGCGGUUGGGGACAGCGCCGCGACCUCAGCCAACUCGGAAGCCACUACGACUUCUCAUGCGCCUGCCCUCGACCCGUCAGCAAGCGACUUUGUCCCGUCGCAGUCACCGCCCUCGGACCCGCCCACACCAGAACCCUCCGAGAACCCCUACCUCGCCGCGUACUGGGCCGUCCUCUUCGCGCUCGAACAACUCGAGAGCGGUUUCGCCGUCGACGCCUACAUGACCCUCCUUCGCGCCUCGCCUUUCUCCUCUCAACCCGCUAAACCGACACAAGUCUCGAAGCUCGUCGCGCAUGUGGGCAAGAUUCGGUUUCAGCUUGGCACGGGCAGGUUCGAGCAGGCGAUAGACGAGCUGGAUAAGGGCGAGGAGCUGUGGAAUGCGCCGGAGGGGAGGAUGGGAGGACAGGUUCAGGGCGUGCCGUGGGAGGCAAAGGUGUUCAGGUUGAAGGCACUCGAGGGGCUCGAAGACUACGAGAGGCUGCUCGAGUACGCCGACGAGCUGAUCGACGACAACCCGGACGACUCGCCUGUCGCCUACUACUACAGAUCCCUCGCCCACUACCACCUCGGCGACCUCGACGAAGCGGAGAAGAGCGCGAACGAGGCGAGCGAGCAGGCUGGGAUUCGCAAGAUCGAGGGCCUUGACUCCCUUCUCGACCGCAUCUCGCGCAUCUCGACUCUCAAGAAAGCCGGCAACGACGCCUUCAACGCCUCGCGCUACGAUCAGGCGAUCGAGAAGUACACCGAGGCGCUCAGCGUCGAUAGGAACAACAACGCGAUCCGCGCUGUCUUGUACACGAACCGCGGAAUCGCUCAUUCGAAGAAAGCGAACAAGACCCAAGCGAUGUCCGACUACCGCUCCUCCAACUCCCUCUCCCCGCGCUACCUAAAACCCUACCGCCUGCUCGCCACCCUCUACCGCAAAUCCAACGAUCUCUACUCCGCUCUCGACUACCUUAACCGUGCUCUCCGCCAACCUGGAUUGGAGGGGGAGGAGAGGGAAGCGGUCGAGAGGGAGCGGGACGAGGUGGCGAGGGAGAAGAAGGCACAGGAGGCGAGGGAGAGGCAGGAGAGGGAGGAGAAGAGACGACGCGAGCAGCAGGAGAGGGAGGAGAGGAGGAGGCGGGACAAGGCGGCGAGGGAGACGAACCACUACACCGUUCUCGGCAUCGCGGUUGGGGCAACGCAAUCGCAGAUUCGCAUCGCAUAUCGGAAGAAGGCGCUCGAGACGCAUCCCGACAAGGGCGGCUGCGAGGAGAAGUUCAAGAGGGUUCAGGCGGCAUACGAAGCGUUGUGCGGGAAGAGCGGCGGUCGAGCCUAUGGUGGAAGAUCAGACGACGGAGGCCGCAACUCGUACUCACGCUCGUACAGCUCGCGCCACUACGAUGCGGACGACGUAGACUCGCCCGACGAGUACUACUCGGAUGAAGACGACGAAUACGACAGCGGAGACCUCUGA